AUGAAGGAAGCUUCAAGAAGGAACGCCCUGGCUGUUUCGGAUCCUAAGGAAACUGUUCAAACAGAAUCCUAUGAAGGACCCAUCAGGGUUGCUUUGGAGGAAGCAAUGGCGGAGAAGCAGCCUGAAAUGGCUGGGGAGAAGAAGAAGAAGAAGAUCAAGGAAAAGAGGGCUGAAGAAGAUGAGGAAGCCCAUCCAAUCAAGAAGAAAGAAAGAAGAACGAGUGAGAAGAGGAAACGCAGGCAGGAAGAGACAUGCCUGAAGAAGAAGGACGAGAAGAGAAAGAGGGCUAAUAACCCAGAAAUCGACGGAGAAUCCACCUCCGCAAGGGUGGAUAAGGGGCAGUCAGCGCAACAAAAAGAAUCAACGCAACCUGAAGAGGAAACAACGCAAAUAAGAACUGUUGCGACUGAUGAUGGAGAAGAUUUAGACAUCACCCCCCCUUAG